AUGGCUUCUGAAAAGCAAGCCAUCGACCAUGUCGAAGGACAUGACUCAAUCGAACCAGCAGGCCAUGUCCAGCCAGGCUAUUCAGACCUCCAAACCACCAAUGAAGCCCACGCCGCCAUCGAAAAAGAACACAACAUGACCGCCAUGGAAGCCCUAAAGCUCUACCCCAAAGCCGUAGCCUGGUCCCUCCUCCUCUCCUGCGCCAUCAUCAUGGAAGGCUACGACGUAGUCCUGAUCGGCUCAUUCUUCGCCUUCCCAGCCUUCAACAUGAAAUACGGCGAACUGAUGUCAGACGGCAAAUACGGCCUCGCGGCCCCCUGGCAAGCAGGUCUAACAAACGCAAUGAGCGUCGGCCAGAUCCUAGGCCUCUUCGUGAACGGUAUCGUCUCCGAACGCUACGGAUACCGCAAAACCCUAAUGACCUGUCUCGCCACAACCGUCGGCUUCAUCUUCAUUCUCUUCUUCGCGCCAAACGUCCAGACCCUCGUCGCCGGCGAGUUCCUCAUGGGUAUCCCCCUGGGCGUCUACCAGACUCUCACGGUCACUUACGCUUCGGAGGUAUGUCCCGUCGCACUGCGCGCCUAUCUCACCACCUACGUCAAUCUGUGCUGGGUCUUCGGACAGCUCAUCGCCUCGGGAGUGCUGAAGGGUCUUGUCGAACACACCGACCAGUGGGCAUACCGCAUCCCCUUCGCCAUCCAGUGGGUGUGGCCGGUACCGAUCUUCAUUGGAGUGUACCUCGCACCUGAGAGUCCGUGGUGGCUUGUUCGGAAGGACAGACGCGAAGACGCUAUCAAGUCUGUGAAGCGGCUCACGCGCGUAGACCCCAACUUCAGCGCCGAGGAAACUGUCUCCAUGAUUGUGUAUACGAAUGCCAUGGAGCAACAGACCGAGACUGGUGCUUCAUACAUGGACUGCUUUAAGGGGACUGACCUGCGACGCACGGAGAUCGCGUGCUGUGUCUGGGCAGUGCAGAGUCUAUGUGGUAGCGGUCUCAUGGGCUACUCGACUGUCUUCUACCAGCGUGCGGGACUGGCGGACUCGCAGUCGUUUACGAUGUCGCUGGCACAGUAUGCGAUUGGAGUUGUUGGUACGUUUUGCUCGUGGCUGUUUAUGACGUACUUUGGUCGUCGCACGCUAUAUGUGGGUGGCCUGGCGAUCUUGGGUGUUAUCCUGUUUGUCAUUGGAUUUGUGUCCAUUGCCCCGGCAACUACCUCGCUUUCGUGGGCUACGGGAUCCAUGUUGCUUGUGUAUACAUUCAUCUAUGAUUCGACUAUUGGACCGGUGUGUUUCUCGCUGGUUUCGGAGAUGCCGUCGUCGAGACUUCGCACUAAGACGGUUGUGCUGGCGAGGAAUACGUAUAACGUGCUCAAUCUGGUGACUGGUAUUAUUAUUCCUUAUAUGCUGAAUGUCGACGCAUGGAAUUGGAGAGGGAAGUCUGGAUUCUUCUGGGGUGGACUGUGCAUUGUCUGUUUUGUUUGGUCGUUCUUCAGACUUCCUGAGCCCAAGGGCCGCUCUUAUGCUGAGUUGGAUGUUCUGUUUGAGAACAAGGUGCGCACAAGGGAGUUCCCGUCUGCGAAGACUGGCUUGGUGCAGAGUGAGCUCGAGGGAGAGAAGGGCUUGGUUUGA